AUGAAACUCGGCCAGACCCUUGAGCCAGCGGAUUUUGACAGCAAAGAGGCCAUCAGGUCAAAAUACCUUCCUCAGGUCGCUGAGACGCUCAAGGGUCGUCUUGGUGCAUCUCGUGUCAUAGUCCGUGACUAUCUAGUGCGGAAGAGCCACAAGAAGUUCCCCGUAGCGACGGGCGAGGUGUACGAAUGGGAACAACCAGCCAAUCUCUUUCAUAUCGAUUCUACCCCAAAUGGAACAAGACAGGUUUUCAAUGGUCUCAACCAGGGGCUGCUUAACGAGCUGUCGACGAAGAGGUGUCAAUACGUUACCAUCAAUAUCGUCUGGAAGCCCAUCGUGGGACCAGUUCGGAAGUGGCCCUUGAUGAUGGUAGAUACCUCCACCGUCAAGGCUGAUGUCGAUCUGGAGGCAAGGGAUAUGGUGUACUAUGAUCAUGUGGUGGAAACUCACCUUGUCUACAAUUCCGAUGACUACAAGUUCAAUUACUUGAGCAAUCAGACCACAGAUGAGGCCUGGGUUAUAUUGCAGACAGACUCGGGGACAUUGACAGGUACACCUUCAAUCGAAACUCCUCCGGCGCUUGCAGAAGCUGACUUCGAUUAG